UUAUUUGAUUCAGUCCGAUAAAAUUUUACCGAUUACAAAUGGCGACUUGGCAACACAGAUUAUUUCCAACUAAAUGACCAUAAGAUAGGUUUAGAAUUCAAUGAUGAAGAACUAGAGUAUUUCAAAGGAGAGUAUAUCUUCCAAAGAUCCUCUAGUCAUGUCAACCAAGCCAGAGACUCCUAUAGAGCAGUUCACCUCCAGACUGCCUGAUAUUGGGGAUGGCAGGAAUAUUGUCUCACCAGUACAGUCAAGGCCAAGCUCAUUGAAGGACCAAGCUGCUGAAUGGACUGCUGAAAUACGUCAAAGACUGGGUGAGAGUAUUGCGACAGAGAAUGAGCCAGUAGAAGAUGAUCUUAAUGAACUAAAACAAGAGCUUAUAUCAGUAAUGAUAAAUGCUCUUCAGCAAGACACACGCCAGUCAUGGUUAUUCCUCAAUGAAAUUCUCACACUGGUUGUGCCUUACAGGGAACAUCUACAUGCUAAACAAGAGAUCUACCAUUAUCUUGAGAGAAUCUACCACCAUACAGAGAUUCACAAGGAGAGACUCUUUGACAUACAUGUCAUCAGUGCAAUGAAGAAAGUAUUCCCACAGGAGAUUCAAAAGUUGAAACGAGAUGGGGCAGAUCCUGUAAGAAAUUUCACUCACCCAACCCCUUCCCUAACCCCAAGGAAAUCCGAAGGCCCAUCCAUAAAGAGAGCAGCUGCUGUACAUUUCUCACUCCCGAAUGGCAGAGAUAUAUACUCCAAGGAUAUGCCAGAUGUUAAUGAAACGUACGUCAGACAUCAACAGCUCACCAUUGGUGAUCUCAACAAAAGUAUAGGUGGCGUAGCUCAAGAAAUGGCAGCACGGGAAGCUGUUUGGGCUAAGACUCCAGGUCGCAUUGCUCAAGCUCUCAAUAUUGAUUUGCCCAAAACAGAGUACCCUGAAGAGGAGCUUAGUGAAAGAGAGUCAAUGGAGAGUGGUAUUGUAGAGGACAGAAGUGUGCAGUUUCAAUCACCAGAGACCCCCAGUGUAACAGCCAGUGAAACAUCCCUUUCUAUGUCAGAAUUACCUGUGAUGAAUGGCCGGGAAGCAGUUGAAUACUUCAGUAAAUGUUAUCACACUGGGAAGAUUAAGUUUCUCUACUUCAACAAGGCCCCAAGUAGGCACUUCAGUCCAUAUGACCUGGUUUCUGUGCCAAAGAAUAAGGUUAACAAGGAGCAUUAUGUGUUUUCUACAUUUGGAGUUCUCCAUGUCUUCCCUGAUGCUCCCUCAGACAACCAGUCUCUAUCAGACUGGCAGAGAGAAGCCGUCCUCUUCAAGGCAGUCUCCAAUAUUGCGUUCUUCAAGAAUUAUCUGAAAAUGAAAAUGUUCAUGAGAUGGAAAAACAAUCGCAGCUACAUUGAGUUCUGUCGUCGCCGGGAUGCUGUUCAACAAAAUCUCUUGCUGGCUGUACCAAACUUUGAGUCAGCUUUACUCCAGAUCUCUCGUCUCUUACAUGAACUCUCCACUAUCAAGUUUCUGCCAGAUGAUACAGAUAAAUGCUACACCCUGAAUGCAUUUGAGAACAUUGUCAAUUAUGAGAAUCUACAGGCUGAGAAAGUGCUGGAGAAAUUCUUCAGGUAUUGCAAAAUGGUAGUGGAUGCAGCUAGUGAUGAGGCAUUUAGGAAACUCAAGUAUGCUGAAGAACAAACCAAGAUGAAAACUGUUUUAACUACAGCUAAGGGCACAAAGGAUUCUCUACAUCUUCAGAGAAUAAAGCGUGAACAAAGGGAAGCAAAUCUUCAGAAGGCCAAACAUGAGGCAGGGAGGCUUGGUAACUUUGUGAAACUUGUCGAUCAGAUGACCUUGGCAACCUUGGUGAAGAUUGCACGCGUCAAUGUGCUUGCAUUUGUUAAUGACAGCAUGGACCAGGGCCGGGAAGCACCCAGAGAAGCACUAUUCACUGCUAAGCUAGUCUUCGAUAGACAUGAUAAACUUACUAUAUCACCUGCUAGGGAAAAGUUCAUCCGCACACUAGCCAAGACACUUAGUGAGAUCCCUAAUGUUCUGUGUGAGGCUGCAGUCCCCCUAGAUGGCACUAUGGCUGACCCUGACCCUAUGACCUCACAUGAACACAGCAUGCUAAGUAUGAAGGCAGGCACCCACUCUAAAAGUAACACCAUUCUCUCUAGCUUCAGGCCAGAGAAAAGUGGAGAUUCCCUUGGGCCAGGCUCACAUGCUCCAUCCAGUCCCCGCAAGUCUUUACCCCCCAGCAGCAUCUCCCCCAGGAAGAGCAUCGUAAUGACUGCCCACCAUGAUAUGGAAAGACGGGGUGCCUUGUCAAGGCCAGGGCUGUCAACCAGGGGGAACACCACAAUAACAUUGGAGAGUGCAGCUGCAGGGGAGAGUGAGGAUGAGGGAGUGGACUUGAAUCUGGAGCCUGAUAAGAUGAUACAUACACCAAGCUUACAUGAACAAGCUCUGCUAACCAAGGAAGAUGAUAGUGUGGCAGUUGCAACUCCAUUACUAGUUGUACCUCAAGAAGACCAAGUCUGUGUAGAAGGACAGGGGUUCAUGGGACAGUAUGUACCUCUCACUAGGGGUAAUCUUGAGGAGAAACUGUCAAAUGAUGAGACCUACCGCAGGGCCAUCUAUAGGGAGGUAGAGUUGAUGGAUUCUGCUAUAAAGGAGAUACAGGCAUACUGUGAGGAAAAUAAAUGGCUGAGUGAGAUCCAAAACUUCUGUAAAGAAUGGAAUGAACAGUCGGUACAACAAUGGAAGGGAGCAGUGGCAUUCCAAAUAGAGCAAAAAUUGACAGAAAUCCGGACAUGGACAGAACAAGUGAAAAACUUUGACCGCAACUUUGUGACAGAGAAUGGAAUCUUCUACAUAGAUUGUGCUGGUGUACACGAAAGCCUUGUCCCGAGACUAAAUGAGAUAUUUAAGGAGUUGGUGAACUUUGUGGCAGAAGAGGGAAGGUCUCUGGCCAGAAAUUUCUGCCAAGAAAUGAAAGAAGUCCUUGCUAAUAUGAAAGAUAAGAAGAUGAGCAUUGAUGGCUUUGCAGAAUACGCCAAACAUGUGACUAUCUAUAAACAGAACACAAUCAAAUUCCAACAAACAGUCGAGUACAUCAAGUCCCUUUUUGAGGUGAUCAGAAUGAGUUACAGACAGUUAACAGCUGAAGAAGAAAAGCUAGAAGAAAGUAUAUGGCAGGCCUGGGAGGCGUUCCUCUUCCAGAUGCAGGAUGCUUUAGAGUUUGUCAACACACAGGCCCCAUUGGUUACACAGAACCUAGAGGAGACAUAUCUGAAACUAGAAAAAGAGGCUGGUGAGAUCUACCAGGAGGCCACUACUGGUAAAUAUCUUGACCCAGAUCAGCGCCCAACUACCAUAUUGUUUGACAUGAGAAAGCUUCGUGAGAGAUUCUUUGACAAGUUUGUGAAACUGCAACAAGCAAGUAAAUGGCGUGAGUCUAUCAUGGGAGAAUGUUAUGACAUUAAGUAUACUCAAAAAUGGAUGACAGAUAUGGAUCUGAGACAGGAACUCUGGAAGUAUGUAGAGGUGUCAACUCAUGCUAUAAAGGACUGGAGACAGCUAUUGUUUAGGAAGAUGAAUGUAAAAAAGGCAUUGGACAAGAUCACCGAAUGGCAGGUUGCAGCAGGACAGUUGAAGCAACAUCUCCCCCUGGAGGACAAUGUGCUUUCUCACUGGUACAGAAUGCUGAGAGAAUUUAAGCAAGACCUACCUCUUCUUCAUAAACUAGCCAGUGAUGCCCUAAAGCCAAGACAUUGGAAGGCCAUAUUUGUCCAGAUGGGAGAGGAAUACGACCCUAGCUGGGAGUUUACAGUUGAUGAACUUCUCUCUUUCAACCUGGGCCAGCAUUCUGCAGUUAUAAACCAGGUAUAUGAUGGCGCUGUGGCUGAGUUUGAACUGGAACAAAGACUGCUGAAACUGGAAAAACUCUGGAAGGAAAGACAAUUCAAGCUCGCAAAACACAUUCCUGAUAGUAUUUACCAAUCAAAAGAAAAUAUUCCAGCGGGUAGAGCGCCCUCUGGAAAGAAUAGGAAGCGGGUUGAGAAGUACCGCUACGACAAGGCUGUGGCUAAUGUACCCAGGGGCAUCAAGGUCAUUGAUGAAGACUUCUAUGUUCUAAUUGAGAUUGAAGAACUCAAGUACCUCCUUGAGGAUAGCAAAGUAACGAUACUGUCUAUGUUAAAUUCACCAUAUUUGGCAGAACAACGUCCCAAGGCGGAGUACUGGAUGGAUGUUGUCACUCAGGUGGAGGAACUACUGGAUCUCUGGCAUAUAUGCCAGAAUAAGUGGCUAUACCUGCUGAAGAUAUUUGAACAGGCAGAACUUUUCCACAGCAUGUUAGACCAAGGACACAAGUUUGAAACUGUCCAUAAGCAGUUUAAGGAGUUCAUGAAAACUGUGGUGUUCGACCCCAAAGUGAUGUCUCUGAUCAACCAUCGCAGAGGGGAAAAGGGAUAUAGACUGCUCCAGGGAGACAACCUGAGAAAUAUAUUUGUGCAACUUAUAACAUCACAGGAAGAAAUACUGAAAGACAUUGAAAAUCUGUUUGAGAAGGCACGUUUAGAAUUCCCAAGACUUUAUUUCCUGAGCAACCAGGAAUUGACAGAACUGUUAGGAAUCUCACGUAACCCACAAGCCAUAUUGCCAUUCAUCAAGAAAUGUUUCCCUGGAAUCAAAGACUUGACAUUUGCCCUGCCCUCUGGUGUUGCAACUAUGAAUCGAGCUCUGGAUUUUGCAUUAAAUGCCAGUAAGCUGCAAGUGACAGACAUGCAUGGUGAACUAUGUGAGAGUAUACCACUGUACACUAAAGUUGAGGCCUUCCCCCAGCCAACCAAGUGGCUAGCUAAUAUAGAGAACAUCAUAAAGACAACCAUGACACUUGUCCUUCAGGGAUGUGCCAAAGCUAGGCUCGAAGAAGGGAAUAUGAAACCAGUGCUCGUUCUUAAAGAAGUUGAAACAUUUGAGGACAACUUGAAAGAAACCAAGCCUCAAGAACAGAUUGAGGCACGUCACAAGUUCCGUCAUUGGCUAUUGAGGUUCCCUGUUCAAUCUGUCCUUACAACAGAGGCUAUUUUGUGGGAGAGGGAUGUUUUCAAAGCAUUGCAGUUAGCAGAUAUAGAUAAAUUACAGGAUAUAAGGAAGGAGCUUAACUCUUCAGUUGCUAGUUACACUCAGGUAAUGCAGGAGAACUUGCAGGGUUAUGGGUCCUCAGCUAACCAUUAUGCUCUCUCAGACACUAGGCAACGUCUUCACACCCUGCUUAGUGCAUUAGUGCUGCAGUGUAUGCACUAUAGAGACAUCAUGGAUGUGCUGCUGUCGAACUCAGAUGACCUUGACCAGACAAGUUACGAUUGGUUAAAAUUGCUCAAGUACCAAAUGGACAUCAAUGUGGUCCUUCGUGCAAAAACGCAGCUCAUCCCCAUGACUCCUGAGGAGAAGAAAGCUGACUAUGAGAAAUCGAAGAAGAAGGAAUUGGAACAGAUGUUAAGCAUGGCAAAGUCGCAGUCGAGUCUUGCAAUUAAACGGUCCCGCACACAAAUGCCCAAAACACCCGAGAAGACCCCACCAAUUAAACAAUUUCGUUCAAAGACACAAGUGUCACAAGAUUACCAGUUUGGUCCUUGUAAGCUUCAACAGAUGGCAUCUACAUUCAACUACGAUUACGAGUACAUCGGCCCAAAUACCAGCCUCAUUUUGACACCACUCACAGAGAGGGCAUAUCUGACCUUGACCAUGGCAAUGAAGUCUUUCCAGGCUGGCUCUCUUAUUGGACCAAGUGGAACGGGAAAAUCACAAACCAUACAAGAGCUUGCGAGGAUGAUGGGGCGUCACUGUGUUACUAUCACAUGUAGCGAGGACCUGACUCUACCAAUGAUGAAUCAGUAUCUCAGUGGGAUGGUACAGUCUGGCUGUUGGGGACUCUUUGACCAAACAGAUAGGCUAACCAUAGGUGUUAUGUCAGUGUUUGCUCAGCACAUGGACUACCUUAGUGGGGCAUUGAGGAUCCUAGAGGCCUCUCAGGACUACCAGUAUGGCAAAAAUGGUCAGAUAAGGUUUGAUAAGAAACCAGGAGAUGUUAAGAUUAUAAGGCGGAACUCACUGACAACUCUCCACUCUAUGCCACCCAGGGAAAACCUCCUAGAAAGACAGGCAACAGUGCCUCAUGGCUUCAAGGAUGAUGACAUGAAUACGUAUUUUGAGGACACAUUCAUUCAGGACAGACAGCUGAGACGUAGACAUUCUAUAGAGAAAGAAAUAGAUAUCAAAGAAACAGAGAUAUACAAAUCAAACAGACCGCCACCUCUGUUUUAUGAGCAUGUGUUGUAUAAGAUACAAAACAAAGAAAAGGGAUUGAGGAGGAAGAAACAUCAAGACUACAAAGAACUAUUACCUCAUACAAUGUAUGAGCCUCGUUACCUUGGGAACGUCCUAUUAAAUGGUCACCUGAUCAGAGCAGCUGGUGGAUACGGAUGUUUUAUGACAUUGGAUCCUGAACGACAGACUUUUCAUCACAUCCCAGAUUCUCUAAGGCUGUUAAUGCGACCUUGUGCAAUGAUAGUACCCAACACAGAAUUAAUUGUGGACAUGUCAUUGUUCUGCCAUGGUUUCAUUAAACACACUGAUAUCAGGAAGAAACUGUUGCUGUUUUUCUCUCUGCUCAAGACACAGCUUCCAGCUAAACCUAGCUAUGACUUUGGCCUUUCUACCAUAAAAUGUGUAAUAAAACUGUCUAGCAAGAAACUGAACUCACCAUGGUGUAUGCAUGAAAUGGAAAUUGACUCAAGAGAUGAAACUGGCCAAGCUCCAUUUAGCUUCCCCCCUGAUGAUAUCUUGAAGGAGGAAUACACAAUAGUGAAUGGCUUAGUAAGUUACCUAGAGCCACGUAUAGAGGACGCUGAUGAUCAGGGGCAGUUUAAGAGUGUAUUACAGGAUAUGUUUCCUCAUAGUGCACGCUGGAUGAAGAACGCUGUCACUUAUGACCCUGACCUUAUCACUGCCAUACAAGAACAGAUGACUCGGGAUAAUCUACAGGUCUACCAGCCUCACGUUAACAAGAUGCUGCAACUGAAUGCUGCUAUUAAAUACAAGAGAAGACCAGUUAUUCUACUGGGCCCUGCAGGCUGUGGCAAGACAACAUGCUACAAGAUUCUCUCGGGGGCCUGGAAUGUCCUACAUGAGAGAAAGGAAGAGAAAAAUGAUGAUUUACCAACUACAGAUAGUUCUCUUGUUGCAAAGAGUUCCAAACAGCUUAAGAUUUUGAAGUCAACGGAACGUGAGGAAUCAAAUGCAUUGAGCACUUGGAAGAGAGUAAACAAGCAGGUGUUAAACAGUAGCUCAAGUACGAGGAUGUUCAGGAGCCAAAGCGCUCUCAUUAACCAGAAAAUCUACUAUCCAAAGGUUGAUCUCAAUGUAUUCUGCCCAAACACAUGUGACCCACAAGAGCUAUUUGGUUGUUUCAAAGAUGGAAUAUGGCAAAAAGGGUUUAUUCCCAGUCUGUUGAACAACUCCUACUUUCAAGUCAAUGCUGCCAAGUCAUUCAUGGAAACAUUCGAUGAGAAGAAGAAUAAAGCACAGAUAGAGCCACCGUCUGUCAUAUCAAAGUGGACAGUCCUUGAUGGGGAUGUAACUCCUGAUUGGGUGGAAAGUAUGAGCUCUCUAGUGAAUGAGGAGAGAAAGUUAUCUGUUGCUAAUGGUGAACAAGUGGCCCUUCAAGAUGUAACAUCACUGUUGUUUGAGAUGUCUGACUUGAGUAACGCAUCUCCCGUGGCUAUCACGCACUCCACAGUGGUGCAUCUUGGGAAGGAUAUUUUGCCAUGGAAAUCAUUGGUUGAUAGUUGGGUUACACAUUCUAAAACCAUUUGGAUGGUAAAUGCCUCAAGUUUGCGUGUAUUAGAUGAACUGAUCAACUGCACAUUUAGCCAGACAUUGAACUUCCUAUCAACCGAAUGCAAGCCUUCCUUGCUAACUGAUGUCAGCGAGCACCAUGUAUUAUCCAAUCAGGCAACUCCUGGAAUCCAAGAAGUCUCAUCUUUUCUCCGUAUAUUUUCUGCACUUCUUGAUCGCCAUUUCUCCAGAGAUGAAUAUGAACGUGGCCAGACAGCAGAGGCAGGAGGCAAGAGAGAGAAGCCUGAAAGCGCACCCACUGGGGAGAACUCGCCAAGUCCCCAGCGUCAUAGUCGCAACACAACCAACAGUUCACGUCUGGAGGACAAAAUGGCAAACUACAUGGGGGUCAUGAAAAGCAUGUUUGCAUUUGCCUAUAUCUGGGCUUUUGGUGGACACUUACAUGAAAGGUACAUAGCAAGGUUUGAUAAUUUCGCUCGGGAGAUCCUCCAUCGUGCAGUCCAUUCUAUCAAUAUCCCUGACUAUGGCUUUGUGUUUGACUACUGUGUUGAGACAAAGCAUGGAGAUCUAAUCAGGUGGGGUGACAAACAACCAGAGAGAUCACGAAAUCUCAAUAAACAUUACGUCCUCAUACCAGAGGUUGACAGAUACAACUAUCUGGUAGAUCUCCUGGUGACAUCACAUCACCCUGUUCUGCUGUGUGGAGCACCUGGUGUUGGCAAAACUUCACUCAUUGAGAACAUGAUACACCCGAAGCAUCCAUUCACGCCUAUACAUAUGGGUCCCAAAUUGACAGCAGACAUAGUACAAGAGGUGAUCACAGCCCAUGUGUUGAAUCUGAAGCAGAGUUCAGCAGGACUUGGAGGUCCCACAGCAGGUUCUAAAACUACAUCAAGACAGCUUUUCUUCAUUGAUGAUCUCAACACUGCUCCUGUCAAAGAUGGAGGUGUGCAGUCCCCAUGUGAAGUGUUACGCCAGGUUAUGUCACAUGGUGGAGCAUACAACAGGAAACGUCAUGUCUUUGAGGAAUUGGUUGAGGCAACUUUCUUAGCCUCUUGUACCUCACCAGGAGCUGUAGGCACAGGGUUUGGUACAACGACCCACAUCCUCUCAUCCAGACUGACACGUCUCUUCACUGUCCUUACUUUCUUCUGCCCCAGCGAGGAAGGUCUCCAGAACAUGUAUGGUAAAACCAUUCAGUCUUGGCUUGAGGAAUUCCCUACAUAUUCAGUAGAGCACCACUUCGAAUUCGCAAAUGCUCUAACUCAAGGUAUACUUGAUCUCUAUCGUCUUGUGAAGGAUCGUCUCAAGCCAACUCCCCUAAAUGCUCAUUACAUAUUCACGAUGCACGAUAUAGCACGCAUCAUAGAAGGAAUCCUCCUUCUCUCUCCGAGACAGAGAUCUCUGGCUAAACCAAGGAAAAAGAAAAAGAAAGAUGCAAUUGUAAGUUCCACCACUCUCAUAAAACAAGGAAGUGGGAAGACGAAGAGUAAGUCUAAUUAUGCCAGUAUGAAAGAUCCCAUUGAUGGAGCGCCACCUAUGAUGAGAGUAAUAGCCCGACUCUGGUGUCAUGAGUGUACUAGAACUUUUGGGGAUCGUCUCGUAGCUCUUGAAGACCAAUCAUGGUUCAGGAAGACUCUGUAUGAUUUGGUAGACAAACAUUUCUGCACAGGGGAAGAUGACUGGAGAAAUGACACAAUGUCAGCUAUUCAUGAGGAGACUCUAUCUCAGGCUGGUAAACAUACACCUCACCCACCAAAGAGGAUAACAACGCCACCUUUACGUGGUGGCCUCCAACUUGAUACUGAGGAUAUGUCAUCUGCGACUGGGCUAAGUAACUUGGGUCUAGGAGGGGAGACAGGGUUACAGUUACCUGAUACUGACACCCCUAGCAUGGAUGAGCUCACCGAUAUCACAACACCAUUCACAGAGAUGACUGAAGGCUUAGAGGCUAUAACUCCACUAACAGAUGGUGAUCUUAUGACAGAGGCCGCCACUACAGAUGUAGUUACCCCAUUCUCUGAGAUGGAAAUAGAUGAUCUCAGAGGGCUUGACUCCCAAGCCAGUUUCAAUGACCUCAUAUCAACCAAUGGUUCUGACACGCAAGGUACCACCACUGAAGGUGCCACUACAGAUUAUGAUGGUGAGAGUACCACCCCUUACACCACCACUUCAGGCACAGAGACAGAAACUACGGAGACAGACUCCGACACAACAUCAAGUAGUGGCAGCUCUGAGUCGGACUCAAGUGAUGAAGAGUCAAGGAACUCUGCUAGACCAACUAACGGUAUAGGUGAACAACAAAGUGGAACUGCAACCCAUGACGAGGCCACAAGUGAGAGUGGUGAACGUAAACCUAAACCCUUACUUAAACAGAAAUCAACGAUUGGUAAGACAGGCUCUAGUCUAAAGGGGGUGAUAGGUAAGAGAGAAGGCUCGCAAAAAGGCAAGAGGGGAGUCACCUUUAAAGCUGGUCUUAUUCAAGACCGGGAACAGGAGCAUUACAGUGGGCCUCUUCUAUCCAUGGAUCAGAUUAAGAAGCCAGAUGAAGAGUUGACCAACAUCAUCUUCACCAAGUUCAUCAUGGCAAUGCAUAAAGAGGCCUUUGGGGAGGACCCAGAGAAAGGCUAUGUAGAGUGUAGCGAGUAUGUACUGUCCGAGUGUCUACAGACUUGUCUGAUGUCAUACAACAUGGCCACCAGUCAGAAGUACGAUCUAGUCUUCUUCCGAGAGGCCAUCCAUCAUGUGGCACAUCUCAGUCGUGUUUUGGCAUUACAAGGUGGCCAUGCCCUCCUUCUUAGCCUCACUUACUGUACAGGAAGAUCAACCCUUACACGGCUAGCUGCCCACAUUGCCCACUGCAAACUCUAUGAACCAAAGCCCCAACAAGACCCUCAAAGCAACAGGAAAGUCCUUCAUGAACAUAUGAAGCGACUCAGCAAAUCUGCAGCCAUACAUGGGAAGAACGUCGUCCUACUUGUAAAGGAGGAUUUAGGCCAGGAUGCAUUGCAAGAUGUCUGCUCAUUCAUGGUUGAGGGAUCCUGUCCAAAUCUCUACUCUGAAGAAGAGAUUCAGAUGAUAGCUGCCCAGAUGACCCCUGGACAAGUGACCACUAAGAAGGUGGAUAAACUGCAGGCACAUUUUGAGAAGUUUACACAGAGAGUCCUACAGAAUCUGCAUGUUGUUGUGUGUUUAACUUACAAAGCAUCAGGUGGUCCAGAUGGCUGUGAAAGCAUUCAGCAAAAGGUGAUGAGGUAUCCAGGUCUAUUCCACUACUCAAGCAGUGUUGAUGUCUACAGGCCCUGGACACACGAUGCCUUUGUCAAUGUGGCCACUCAAUGGCUCAGGGAUCAAUCAUGCAGGAUCCCUGUCCAGUGGCAUGAGAACAUAGUAGAGCAUAUACAGGCCAUUGCAACGGCUAUGGCGUACGUCCAUCUCUCCUCCAGAAUAGCUGUUGAGCAGCUGUUCUCUCAUCAGAAACUUGUCUACAAAUUCUUUUCUCCUCUCACAUACAUGGAAUUUGUUCAUAUAUUCAAAGUGGUGGCCGCAUAUAUUGUCAAAUGUGAAAAGGCCAAGAUUGAGAAACAUGAGGCAGGCCUAAGUAAGAUGCAGGAAGCCUACACUCAAAUUAACAAGUACAAAAGUGAGGUGGCUAACCUAGAACCAAAGCUACAUGCAGCCAGAGAGCAAAUCAAGGAUCUACUUCAGGCUGUGGAGUUACAGAAAGAACGCUAUAUGAAGUCACUAGAGAAAUGUAAAGAUGUUGAAGGACAACUUGAAAAGAUGAUGCCUGAACUAGAUCGACUGCGCCAAGAGGCAAACGCUGAGUUUGAUAAAGUGAAACCAACAUACAAUGCCGCAAUUGAAGCUGUUCAAGCCCUGCAACAGGGGGACUUACAAGAGAUAAAGAGCUACAGGGCACCACCAGAAGAUGUCAUAAGUGUUACUAAUGCUCUCUGUCUUAUGUUCAGGCAGCCCCAAGAUUGGGAGAAUGGAAAAUUGUUACUGAUUCGAGAAAACUUUUUCCGGGAUCUAGAAUUCUACGAUAAGGAUAAUAUUCCUGAUGAUAUUUUCUUCAAACUUCGUCACUUUGUUUACAAUGAGAAUUUCCACCCCGAGGUGCUCAGUCUGAUCAGCCAAGCAGCAGCUUCUAUUUGCCUCUGGAUUCAUGCCAUAUACAAAUAUGGAGAGAUACAUCGCAAGAUGAAACCAAGGCUUAAAAUGUUACUUGAGAGUGAAAGCCAGCUGACACAUCUUGAGAGUGAAUUAGGCAAAAAGAGAGUAGAGGCAAACAAAAUCCGUGAAGAACUAGAGUCAAGAAUUAAGGCCCAUAAAGAGGCAGUCCGCCACUCCAAGACAAUUGAACGCCAGAUACAGGGCAUUGAGAAAAAGAUCUCUCAUUCCAACAACCUUAUGGAUAACAUGGCCAUGCAGCAUAACAUAUGGACAUCCCAAUUGAACACUGCCAACAGUAAAGUAAUGACGUGUUGUGGCGAUGCUCUAUUGACUGCUGCUAUUGCCUGCUAUCAUGGCCCUCUACCAGGAUCCACACGAAAGGAGCUGUUGGAUGAUUGGAUGGAAAGAUGUCGAUUAGGGAACUUUGACCCAUUCUUUGUUGUGGGGGCUCAAAGAGACAAACCUAUGACAUCAUUGAGUGUUCGUCUACAUAAUCUCUUAGCACGUCCAAGCAUCAUAUCCGGGUCUAUCACCCCACCACAGACAAGAGGCACAACACAUCUAACAGGUGACAUUCAUAGUAAUGACAUACACAGUAGCUCUAGUUCACCUGAUGAUGCGGAUGCUCACUCUGUCACCAGUGGACCCAGGAGUGUUCAAGAGGGUGGGGCUCAUCAAGCCAGUGGCGGUCCACAAGUAAACCAGGCUCAGAGAGAGUCAAGCAGUACUCUCCAUGUCCCAGUGACCAACACACAUAGAGUCACCACCAAUGAAGAAACAACCAACAUGGAUGUAUUCCCAGAGGAAAGCCCUACAAUGGAAUAUGUGGCAAUCAGGCAAGAGUUCAGUAUUCAAGAUGUCCUAAGUACAUUUGAUGAAUUAAGUGAUUGGCAGUUAAAGAACCUUCCACAAGAUGGACAGGCUUUGGAGAAUGCGCUGAUUAUGCGUGUGUGUUGUCAUAAUAGACGUCAUUGCUGGCCGCUACUUAUAGACCCUGACAACCAGGCUGAUGUGUGGGUGACAACACUUCAGACAAGUGCUAACAUCAUACGCGACAGUGAUGUCAUCCUUGAGGACUUUGACGAAUUUUUGAUGCAAAUAAAUGAUGCACUGGGGGCUCAGGGGGAGAACUCAGACCACCAGUAUGACAGUAGGGAUAUUCCACCCAGUAGACAGACAGCCAUCAGCUUCUCUGACAUCACCAGUGAGAUCACAAUGUCUGACACUGGAACUAGUCGCUCUCAUUCAAGGGCUCAUACUGGCACUUUGUCUCGCUACACUGAAUCACGCUCCAAUGUCUUUGAGUCAAGAGCAUACACAAGUCGUAGUGCAGUAUCUCGCGGUACUGGUGUUGGAAGUGACUACAGACCAGUCACAUCUGUUACUAACCCUACAGAGAUGUACAACUUCACCAUUGAAGAUGAGAUUGUACAUCCUGAAAACAACCUAUGGAUUGUUGAGGCUGAUGAUGAGGAACUGGAUUAUAAACUGGCUAAUGCUAUACUGCAUGGUAUUACUGUAUUAGUGAGCCAUUGUGAAAGAAAACCCCUGGAUCCACUAUUCAGGGCCCUGUUGUUGAAACAAUUCACCGUGGAUAAAGAGGGGAAUAGGACAGUUAGGGUGGGAGAUAUGGAGCUUCUUAUACACCAGGACUUUUGCCUCUAUUUCAGUACAUCAGCCCCACUUUUCUUGAAAGGUGAUGGCUACCAGAGAUUGCCUGUUGAGAAGGUGUGUGUCAUAGAUAUGACAAUCACAGAUACUGCCUCGGUAGAUCGCUUGCUGUUUGAUUUAAUGAAGCUAGAGCGACCAGAGUUUGAGGGUCAGCGCAAGUCUAUAGAGGCUGAUCUGGUUCAUCAUAAACAUGAGCUCAACAAGGAACAGGAGGUAGUGAUGCAGAAGACUUUGCAACUUGAGGGACCCCUACUGGAGGACAAGUCCAUGCUGACAGCUCUCAUAGAAUGCCAGGAUAAUGUCAGCAAAAACAAAGCUGUCGUGGAGGAAACUGUUUAUCUACGCAAACAACUGGAGGAGAAGCGUGAGUCCUAUAGAUCUGUGGCUACAAAUGGAGCAAUGUUAUACCAGACAAUCUGCAAGAUGAGUGUCCUAAAUCCACUGUACCAUAUAACAUUUGAUGUUUUCUUGAAACUUUUCGCAAAUACCAUCAAAAGCCGUAACCGUGGCAAAGGUGGGUCUGGAGCUGCGAAAGCUCGCGCACAGGAGCUGAUAGAUGUCACCACAAGUGCUGUAUUCAAGUAUGUCGGGAUCAUGAUGUUUGAGCAGCACUUCCAGCUGUUCACCCUGCUGGUGACGAUGGAGCGGAUGAAGAUGCAAGGACAGAUUACAUUCAAAGACAUAGACUUGUUUGUAAACAGUACCAACUCUCAAGAUAUUAUGGAGAACAUAGAGUUUGAAUAUAAACCUCAAUGGAUGUCAAGACAGGCUUGGUCUGACUGCACUGCACUAGAGAUGACUGUAGCUGUCUUCAGGGGUCUCAGAGAGUCCCUCACUAAACACAGUGCUGAGUGGCUGGAAUACUUCCAGUACCCAGUGGCUCUAAUGAAUGUUGUACCAGAAGACAACUUCCUCAAGUUGACAGUCUUCCAGAAGUGUAUCGUAUGGAGAGUUUGCUAUCCCCAAAGGCUCUCAGAAGUCUGCCGUGCCUUGGUUCUGUAUGAACUUGGGGGAGUCCUGGUUCAACCCGACCACUACAGUCUCCCUGAAGUCUACUCCUAUAUGGACAGAUCUGUACCAGUUAUUCUCAUACUUCCCAGUAAUGUACAUUCUGCUCCAGAACACAGGAGCACACAAGGUCAUGCAUUUGUCAACCCAUCUCAGGAGAUCCAAAGUUUUGCCAAGCAGCGAGGCAUGGAAGGCAGGGUUCAUGUGGUGUCAUUUGGUGUCCGUACCCAAAUGGAGCUAGUGAAACAUGCCAUACAGGAGUGUAUGGAGACUGGCAACUGGCUCAUACUGGAGAAUGCUCAUCUUGCGCAGACCUGGACUCCAGACAUGAUCCAGCUUAUAAGAGAUAUUAUAGAGGGCCCUAAGGGUGACAGGAUUACUGCUACCCCCAACCCAAGGUCAAGGAAAACAACCAUUCUUGGUGCCACUGUACCAGAAGUAGAUGAUGAGGCUAUUCCAGAUGAUACCACAGAGACACAGUCCCGCAUUUCCUCUGCUAAGAGUCAAGUCAACAUUGAGUCUGAUGUCAAGCUAACAUUCAGACUGUUUGUGACCACGAGGGCAGAUAUGGGCAAUAAGAUACCAGGUAUUCUCGUGCAGCAUGCGAUGAAGGUGUCAACUGAAACUACCAACAACUAUAGGAGUUCUAUCUUGCGUAACUUCCAGUCUGUCAGCAAUAUUUUCAACCAAUGGGAGCUGGCCUCUGAAAUGCAAGACUGGGAUACCUACCAAAAGGAUUAUAUUCUUCCCCUGUCUCUGUUACACAGUACCCUUUCCCACAGACGUAUCUUCAGUACAAGCUCAUUCGCCAGAGAGCACCACUGGUCGCAUUUUGACAUCUGUGCUAUCAUAGAAGUCAUGAAGACAAUAAAGCUGUUCUGUAAAGGACACACAGGUAUUGAACAUAUUAUAUCCCACAUCUACGAGGGCCAUAGUGUUGACAAAGGUGACCAGGCAGUUGUUGAAUCUCUUGUAAAACUAGUCAUGUUGGAGCCAACAAAGCUCGCCAGUUUACCAAGGAUGUCUCAGGGGGUCUCUGGUCUUUUGUAUCAUCUGCUACAGAAUGAAGAAGACCCCUUAGAAACAAAACUAGAGAAGAUAGUUGAGGUGAAUGCUACAACUUCUGGUCUUCCUAGCACAGCAGAUAGAGAGCUGAAUGAGGAGAAGAGCAGAUGUCUAACUGAGGACAUGAUUGCUGUUGAUGGGUCUUAUGAGACUUUGGAGAGAAUGGCACAUACAGACAUGAAGCCAACAUAUGACUUGCUGCAAUCUAUUAACAACAUGCUAGAGGAAUUCCCUGCUCUACCCCGUACCAGCAAGGACCAGCUCUACCCCUUGGAUCUGUUCUUCCACUAUGAGGUCCAGAGCUACCAGGCUCAGACAGAAUUCAUUCAGUCUCAGAUUGCGCUGUUGUUGUAUGCAGCACGUGGUGAUAUCGCCUUGGCACCUGAUCUUAACAACACACUUAAAGAAAUCAGUCAGUACAAAAUCCCAACUGCCUGGAGCCAUUAUACAUUCCCUCUCUCCCUCGAUCUCAUUGAUUGGAUUCAAGGUCUGCACACAUCAAUAGGACUACUGUCAAGCUAUAUCUCAGAGAGUACACGCCCAAACACGUACAACAUGUCUGUGUUUCACAGACCAGAUAGAUUUGUCCAGGCUGUUCUACAAACGCAUGCCAGAAAACAGUUCAUGCAGUUGGAGAGCUUCACUCUGGAUUAUCAGUGGUUGCCAUCAGACAUUCAACCUUCGAGUCCACCAAUAGAGGGAGUAUACAUCACUGGUCUGCACCUUCAUAAUGCAUUAUGGGAUACUGGCAGAUCAUGUCUUAAAGAGAACAAUAAAGGCAACCCAAAAGCACACAAGAUGCCAGUACUAUGGCUGAAACCUGUUGACAAUACCAGAACUGAUAAAAAGAAAUUAAAAUACUCGCAAUUCUCUUGUCCAUUAUAUCUUGGGAACAAUUCAGCAACAUUGUUAACAAAGAAUGCAGUUACCCAUAUAUCCUUGCCUAGCACUGUAGAUACAUCAAUAUGGGCACAGAAGAGGGUGUAUUUGGUGUCAGUGGUGCCACCUUUUGAACCACAUGAACAAAUAGUUGAGGAAGAUUGUGAAAAUGAUGAUGAGGGAAAUGAUGAAAAUGAGGAAGAUGAUGACAUUGAACCUGUUGCUGCUAGCCCACAGGUUGAUAUAGGGCUCAGCUCAAGUCCUAAUGUUGGUACAGAUAGUCCUAAUGUUCCUGUUACCACUCCUCACACACCAGCUCGGAGUACUAGUCUACCACGUAGCACUAGCUUACCACGGAGUACUAGUCUCCCACAAAGUACUAGCUUACCUCAGAGUGCAACCCUACCGAGAAGUAAUAGUCUAUUACAAAGUAUGAGCCUGCCAAGGAGCACGAGUCUGCCACAAAGUGCCAGUCAGCCUCGCAGUGUUAGCCUGCCCCUUGAUGCCAGUUUACCCAGGAGUACAAGCUUACCCCCCAGUCCACGCUCACCCAGUGUCAGCAUACAAGAUGGUCCCACCCCACCACCUGAAGAGGACACUCCUCAACCAACUGUCUAACCAAUAGACAACUUUAUUUGACUUUUGACUUUUGUCGUCAUGGCAACAGGUGUUAAGCUGUAGCAACACUAUCAGAUCUCAGUAUUAAAUAAUUCCGUCCAGUUCAGAAUAUCAACAGUAAUUAUUUGUAUUAAAUGUAAUAAAUGUGUAUUAAUUAUUAAGCAUACAAAACUUACAUCUGUAUUCACAUUUUUACUUCAAUGUAAUUAAGUAAAUUAUUAAGGUUUUAUUUCUCCAUGCAUUUUGUACAUUUGUUUUAUUAAAUUUCAAUGUAAAUAAGUGUUAAUAUUUAUUUAUGGACAUAUUGAAUAUGCUGCUACUAAACAAUGAUGUGAUACUAAUUAGAUUACAAAACCAUACAACUGAAAUGUGAUAUUAUAGUAAAAUAAGCAUUAUCCGUCCUGAACUUUACACAAUUUGUAACUGCUGUAUAUUGAUAUUAUUUUACACAGAGUAAUAAAUAUACAUAAUAUAAA